GCCUCUGCUUCAAACUUCAAACAAGGAGGCUGAAAGCAAAGAAUCCCCUAUCCCAAAUUAACAAUCCCCAAAUCAAAAAGCCUGCAUUGAAACCCCUAUAGACCCUUUAAAACGAAAUCCAAUGGGGGAAACGAGAAAACGAGGCCGCAAACCGAAAACCCCAGCAUCAACCACCGAAACUAUGGACUUCCAAUACACCGCCGCAGCCGCUGCCCAAAACGACGCUGUUACCGCCCAAAACGACGUCUUUAUUGCUGCAAACGACGCCGUAUCGACCGCCACCGCCAACAACCCACCACAGCGCGACGCGGGCCGAGGGCGACCCAGGAAGUCGGGAGCGGGGCACACGGAGGAUACGGAGCCGCACGUGGCGGCGUCGGAGCGGAGACCUUAUCAAAACGGCGGGGUGGUGGUGGAGCUACCUCCGCAGCCAGUGGCGAAGUGGGAGAGUGUGGCGGCUAGGGUGCUGCCAGCGAUGGAUGCGGUGGUGAAGGUGUUUUGCGUUCACACGGAGCCGAAUUAUUCGCUGCCGUGGCAAAGGAAAAGGCAGUAUUCUUCAAGUAGUAGUGGGUUUAUAAUUGGAGGGAAAAGAGUGUUAACAAAUGCUCAUUCAGUGGAACAUUAUACUCAGGUGAAGUUGAAGAAAAGGGGGUCUGAUACUAAGUACUUGGCUACUGUUUUGGCUAUUGGGACUGAAUGUGAUAUUGCAAUGUUAACUGUUGGCGAUGAUGAGUUUUGGGAAGGUGUUUCGCCUGUUGAGUUUGGAGAUUUGCCUGCACUACAAGAUGCUGUAACUGUUGUGGGCUACCAUGGAGGUGACACAAUCUCUGUUACGAGUGGUGUUGUAUCACGUAUUGAGAUACUCUCUUAUGUUCAUGGGUCAACGGAGCUCUUGGGACUACAGAUAGAUGCAGCUAUAAACUCUGGAAAUUCUGGCGGACCUGCCUUCAAUGAUAAGGGCAAAUGUGUUGGUAUUGCAUUUCAAUCUUUGAAACAUGAAGAUGUGGAAAAUAUUGGGUAUGUCAUACCUACACCAGUCAUAAUGCACUUCAUUCAGGAUUAUGAAAAGAAUGGAGCAUAUACAGGCUUCCCAAUCCUUGGUGUUGAGUGGCAAAAGAUGGAAAAUCCUGAUUUGCGCUUGGCAACGGGGAUGAAACCUGAUCAGAAGGGGGUCCGUAUUAGGAGAAUUGAGCCCACCGCUCCCGAAUCUCAUCUUCUGAAGCCAUCUGAUAUUAUACUUAGUUUUGAUGGGGUAAAAGUUGCUAAUGAUGGAACAGUUCCAUUCAGGCAUGGGGAGCGCAUAGGUUUCAGCUAUCUUGUUUCUCAGAAGUAUACUGGGGAUACUGCAUUGGUUAAAGUUCUGCGUGAUUCGGAGAUAGUUGCACAUGACAUAAAACUUGCGACUCACAAGAGGCUCAUCCCAGCACACACCAAUGGGAAACCUCCUUCUUAUUACAUUAUCGCUGGAUUUGUUUUUACAGCUGUAACUGUUCCAUACUUGCGUUCUGAGUACGGGAAGGAUUAUGAAUUUGAUGCACCAGUCAAACUAUUGGAUAAGCAUCUACAUGCAAUGGCAGAGUCUACGGAUGAACAGCUUCUUGUUGUUUCACAGGUGCUUGUGGCUGACAUAAAUAUUGGAUAUGAAGAAAUCGUCAAUACUCAGGUUCUUGCUUUCAAUGGCAAACUUGUGAAGAAUCUAAAGAACUUAGCUCAUAUGGUUGAGAACUGCAAUGAUGAAUAUUUAAGAUUUGAACUGGAAUAUCAACAGAUAGUAGUGCUACAAACCAAGGCUGCAAAGGCUGCAACUUUAGAUAUUCUAACCACACAUUGUAUAUCUUCUGCAAUGUCUGAUGAUCUCAAGACCUGAUAGAAGGUUGAGGGGAAACACAAAAGAUAAUUGACGUGAUUCUACUUUUGCAUGUCUCCUCUGGAACAUGAUACAACCUAAUGGAGUUAUAUUUGCCUGUACAAGCGGCCGUUGAGGGGUACCGCAUAGUAUUAAGUUUUGCCUCUUCCUUUGCGGGUGUAGUUAUAGCCGGGUUGCACUCUUAGUUUUAGUUUACAUUGGAAGGAAACAGAGAGGAUAUGAAGGUAAAGCUUUUUAUUACUUCUUUGUUCUUAUUUUACUUCUUGUAGAACAAUGUAUAGUCAAGUAGAGUUAAUAACAUAUGGUAUUGGAAUUAUACCAAACCAUACAUUUUGGUAUC